AUGGCUUCCAACUUCCGGAUGCAAAUGCAGCCUCCUAGCCCCCUGACAGUGAAACUUGAGGCAGGACCCACCCGACACCAAGUUCAUUGUUCCAGGCAGCACGUCAACGGCGGGCGAUACUCCGAGGGUGGAGGGAGUCGGCGCGAGCAGAGUGAAAUGCACUCGAAGGCGUGCGGCGUCUACACCCCGCGCUGCGCCCAGGGGCUGCGCUGCUAUCCGCGCCCCGAUUCCGAGCUGCCUCUGAAGGCGCUGGUCCUGGGCGAGGGCACCUGCGAAAAGCGCCGGGACGCCGAGUACGAUGCCAGCUCCGAGCAGGGUGCAGACAAUGGUGAGGAUCACUCGGAAGGAGGCCUGGUCGAGAACAUCGAGGACGGUUCCCUGAACAUGGGAGGCGGAGGCAGUGCUGGCCGCAAGCACCUCACAUCGGGCAUGAAGGAGAUGGCUAGGUUCCGGGAGAGAGUCACGGAGCAGCACCGGCAAAUGGGCAAAGGUGGCAAACAUCAGGUCGGCUCGGAGGAGCCCAAGAAGCUGCGGCCACCAGCCGCCAGGACCCCCUGCCAGCAGGAAUUGGACCAGGUCCUGGAGCGGAUCUCCACCAUGCGCCUUCCAGAUGAGCGGGGCCCUCUGGAGCACCUCUAUGCAUUGCUCAUCCCCAACUGUGACAAGCAUGGCCUGUACAACCUCAAACAGUGCAAGAUGUCUGUGAACGGGCAGCGUGGGGAGUGCUGGUGUGUGAACCCCAACACCGGGAAGGUGAUCCAGGAAGCCCCCACCAUUCGGGGGGACCCCGAGUGUCAUCUCUUCUACAGUGAGCAGCAGGAGGCUCGUGGGGUACCCACCCUACGGAUGCAGUAAACCACAGCCAGCCGGUGCCUGGCCCCCUCCACCACCCCCUCUCCAGACACAGAGAGUGCUUGGGUGGUGGGUGGUGGAGGAUUUCCCAGGAGUUUUGACACGUGUAUUUAUAUUUGGAAAGAGACCAGCACCGAGCUUGGCACACACCCCUGCCUUCCCCUCCCCACCUGGAGAUGCCUGCACCCUCCCCUUCUUGCUACCCCCCGGGGAGGAA